AGGAGACAUUCAUUGGUGUCCAUUAACUGCUGGCCACUAAACCUCCUCGACUGACUUGGACGUUGUCUGCUUUUGGCGGCUCCUUCUAGAACCAACCCAGUCACCCACUUCUGGAGCUUUGAAGGACAUCAAGGCUAGCCCGCCAGUCAGGUGGCAUCGGACAGCAUAUCUGCUGGUGACCGGGGAUACCUUCAUUCCCAGCCCGAUGGAGGCCAAAGCCGCGCUGGCCGAGUUUCGGGAGGGAUCCAAGUGCCCCAUCUGUCUGGAAGACCUGGGAGACCCAGUCACCAUUGAGUGUGGCCACAACUUCUGCCGUGCCUGCAUCCAGCAGUCCUGGGAACAGCUCAAGGUGUUAUCCUGUCCAGUCUGUCGUCAAGAGUGUAAGGAGGGUCGUUUCUGGAGCAAUGACCAACUGGGAAACAUGAUUGAAAUCGCCCAGAAUUUCGUCCCAAGCCCAAGCAAGAAAAGGAAGCAGGAGAGACCCUUGUGCGUGAGGCACAAGGAGGAACUCCUCUUGUUCUGCGAGGACGACCUGGUCCUGCUCUGUCAUCAGUGUGUCCCUGGCGGUGACCAUCAGAGCCACCGUGUGAGGCCGAUCGAGGAAGCUGCUGCAGAGCACAGGCUAAAGCUCCAGUCUUCCAUCUCCUCGCUGAAGAGCCAAGUGCGUGAGGGGCAGAAGGUACUAGCUGACCACUACAAGAAACUGGUGUGCCUGGAAAUUAAGGUGGAAACCCAGAGACAGAAAUUAACCACCGAAUCUUCUUACUGGAAUAUGCUGGUGAAAGAUAAGCACGAUGAAUUCCUGUCCAUGGUACAGAAACAACAGGAACAGAAUCAGGAGCAGGUUGAGGUAAACCGGGAAAGGCUUGAAUGUUACUGUGAGUGUGCUGAAGAGCUAAUCAAAGAGAUAGUGGAGAAAAGCAAGUUGCCCGAAGUGAGAUUACUGACACACGUCAAGAGCAUCUUGCACAAGUGUGAUAGCCUAGAGGCCCCAGACUUCCAUUCCGCCCCGUUUAAGCGAGAACACUGUAGUAUUUAUCGACCGCUUUCAGCUGUGCAGAGAACGAGAAAGAAGUUUCAAGUGGAAGUUCUUCUGGAUCCCCACACAGCACAUCCUAAUCUGUGGGUGUCCGAGGAUAAAAAGAGUGUGAUGUGUGUGCAGACAGAGCAAACUGCCCCUCCCUACCCAAUGCAGCUUAUGGACUAUCCAAUCAUUCUGGGGGCUGCCAGAUUCACUUCCGGCCGUCAUUUCUGGGAGGUCCAGGUUGAAGAUAAGGAGGGAUGGACCAUAGGUGUUUGUAAAGACUACGUUUGCACAGAUACAAAGCGGCCCCACUCAGGACCGAGCAAAUACUGGGCAAUUCAGCUUUGCAAUGGGUACUUGGUGGCUCGAAAUACUGCUAUAGUCCAACUUAGCAUAGAAAAGCCCAUAAAGGUUGGUGUUUAUCUGGAUUAUGAGUUGGGUGAGGUUUCCUUUUACAAUACAGAUGCAGAAUCUCACAUCUACACGUUCAUGGAUGAGUUUUCUGAAACAUUGAUACCCUUUUUCUGUAUUGGGUUUGAUUCAAAACCUCUUACUCUCUGUUAAGAAACAGACUAUAAGGAUUGAUUUUUUUUUUUUUUUUGCCAGUCCUGGGGCUUGAACUCAGGGCCUGGGCACUGUCCCUGAGCUUCUUUUGCUCAAG